AUGUUCAUGAACGUGGCUACGUGUAACUUCUCUAUUUUAGAAGUGUGGUAUAUGGCGAUGGAAGGUUACAAAGCAUUGAAGUAUAAACUGAAUCCUGUAUAUUUUGAUAUAUCCUCUGAUGACAGAGUAAAAAUGAGGGAAUUUGUUCCACAAAGAAAGGUUCAAAGAAGCAUUGAUAAUCUUCAACGUAUCAAUGAAAAAUAUGCGGUUGUGAAUGACUUUUUGCCGCGUUGGGCGACUGAGAAAUAUUUGUGUUCUUUGUAUGAAGAAUUAACUUCUCAGGAGGCAAGAAAUUCACCGACGAUGAGCCCUGAACCAGAACAAAUCAAGAAUUACAUCCAUGACAUCAUUGCAUUUGCAAAAGAAGUACUUCAAAAAGAAGAAGCUGCAUCAUCUAAGGUAAGGGAAGUAAAAACGAGAGAGAGAGAGAGAGAUAUAUAUAUUAAAUUCGCACAUCUUCUCAGAAAGCUUGGGAAUUAA